GUGCGUGCCGGGGGAGGGGCCAGACGGGGCAGGCGCUCUGACCGCUGUGCGGCGCGCCGGAAGCAGCCUGGGCAGCUGCGCAAAGGCGCGGCGGCUGGACAGCUGGGCCGUUGUCACCAUGCCGGUCGUCCGGAAGAUUUUCCGUCGCCGCCGGGGCGACUCGGAGUCAGAGGAAGAUGAGCAGGACUCAGAGGAGGUUCGAUUAAAACUGGAAGAGACCAGAGAGGUACAGAACUUGAGGAAGAGGCCCAACGGGGUGAGUGCUGUGGCCUUGCUGGUGGGAGAGAAGGUACAAGAGGAGACCACUCUAGUGGAUGAUCCCUUUCAGAUGAAGACAGGUGGUAUGGUGGAUAUGAAGAAACUGAAGGAAAGGGGCAAAGAUAAGAUCAGUGAGGAGGAGGAUCUGCAUCUGGGGACAUCGUUUUCUGCAGAAACCAACCGAAGGGAUGAGGAUGCAGACAUGAUGAAGUACAUUGAGACAGAGCUAAAGAAGAGGAAAGGGAUCGUGGAACAUGAGGAACAGAAAGUGAAGCCAAAGAAUGCAGAGGACUGUCUUUAUGAACUUCCAGAAAACAUCCGUGUUUCCUCAGCAAAGAAGACUGAGGAGAUGCUUUCCAAUCAGAUGCUGAGUGGCAUUCCUGAGGUGGACCUGGGCAUCGAUGCUAAAAUAAAAAAUAUAAUUUCCACGGAGGAUGCCAAGGCCCGUCUGCUGGCAGAGCAGCAGAACAAAAAGAAAGACAGUGAGACCUCCUUCGUGCCUACCAACAUGGCUGUGAAUUACGUGCAGCACAACAGAUUUUAUCAUGAGGAGCUCAACGCGCCGAUACGGAGAAACAAAGAAGAGCCCAAGGCCCGGCCCUUGAGAGUAGGCGACACAGAGAAGCCAGAGCCUGAACGGUCCCCUCCUAACCGCAAGCGUCCUGCUAAUGAGAAGGCAACUGAUGACUAUCAUUAUGAGAAGUUCAAGAAAAUGAAUAGGCGGUACUGAGCUGUGCAGAGUGGGAUAUGCAUCAUGUCUUCUGCUUUCACAUGUCUGGGAUGGGGUCAGAAAUGCAUCCUCCAGCUGACAGAAAAAUCUAGGAUGAGAUCAGAAGGAUACUGGUGUUUUCUGACUUUUACAAAAUUACUUGUUUGUUUUCAUUAAAAAAGAAAAAGCAUAAACUAUGUUUCUUACUACUAUUAGAAUUUAAUUAUUAAAUUUCAAAAUGAAUCCAA